GUAACAAAGCAUACAGCAGAGAUACCAUUCUGCAAUAGACUGAAGUUCUCCAGAAGACAUGAUGCGCCGGGUUUCCUACCUGCACCACCCAUUAAAAGUGACAGAGUUUGGUGACCUUGAGGAAUUGACGCACAGGUAGCUUAUAAAAGAAGACUAGAUGAGGGUUUCAGACAUCAGAGACAAGCAAACGCACACAUAACCAGACAGAUCAGAGAUCCUCAGAGAGAAGAACCUUGGCAGGCUGACUUCUUUCUGCACAACAGGUGGAUAUUGUGAGGGGAGUGAGGAUGUUGUGUCCUGCUUGGCUCUUGGCUCUGGCUGUUCUAUGUGCGGGUGGGUCUGAAGUCAGAGCUCAGUGUUGGGAGAACACCCGCUGCAGAGACCUCACCACUGACGAGAACAUCUUGAACUGCAUACAGCUAUGCAGGUCUGAUCUGACAGAUGAAACCCCAGUCUACCCCGGAGAAAGCCAUUUGCAGCCUCCCUCUGAACUGGAGCAAACCGAGGUCCUCGCACCUCUGUCCCCUGCUGCCCUCGCUCCUGCUGAGCAAAUGGACCCCGAGUCCAGCCACGAGCACAAGCGCUCUUAUUCCAUGGAGCAUUUCCGUUGGGGAAAGCCAGUGGGUCGCAAGCGCCGGCCUAUCAAGGUGUACACGAACGGCAUGGAGGAGGAAUCUGCCGAGACUCUCCCAGCCGAGAUGAGACGCGAGCUGGCCACCAACGAGGUCAACUAUCCUCAAGAGGAGAGUGCUUUAAACCAGCAGGAGAAGAAGGAUGGCUCCUACAAAAUGAACCAUUUCCGCUGGAGCGGCCCACCUGCUGGCAAGCGCUACGGAGGCUUCAUGAAGUCCUGGGACGAGCGCAGUCAGAAACCCCUUCUCACACUCUUCAAAAAUGUCAUAAACAAAGAGCAUCAGAUGAAGGACCAGUGAGGGGGUUUUAAUGGGAUGAGUGGGUAGGGGAUUGUUUUUAAUAUACUUUCUCCCCAGCAAACUUAUCAUGCAUAGUCAACAAAAAGAGGGUGGGUGGUGUUGCCAGUAGCACUUAAUUCUUGACACUUAGUUUAUUCACAUUGUAUAACAACAAUAAAUUCUGAAUUCUGUACAUAGAAAUGCUGUGGUGAUUAAAUACUGAUGUAGAGGCUACAAAAACAGCAUUUUUGGAUUAUGUAUUGAAAUGUAUUAUACUGUAAAUUUUGAAAAUGUGAUAUAAAAUGAUUGUUUCAAGCAGAAAAGAACAAAAUCGUUCCUUUCUGAGAAACAAGCAGACAUCAGAAUCAUUCAGCAGUAUGUGCAGUUGCCAAUAAAGCUAUAAACACAGGUCAGACUUUGAAUUCAUAAAAGUAGUCUUUAAUUGAUAUUCUUAUUAUUCACACCACAUAUGUACAUCACUUAAUGAUUUCAUGUAGGCAAACAUUCACAGAACACAGUUCUGAAGUCUCAUCCUUUUACAGUGACAGUAUCUAAACACAUAACAGGAACAAAGUUGACUAAUUGCGGUCCACAGUGUUGUAAUGAUCUCACUUAAAUGAAAAAUGAUAAAAGCACAGACAAAACACCCAGUGCAUGCAGCAGCUGACAAGGAAAGACUAAACUCUGAUAUUUCAUACAUGCAAAAUCACCUCACAUGUAAGCAGUCUAGAAUAUUCAAUCAGAUGAACAUCAUAGCCAUAUUGACAAAGAUAAAAACCACUUGUUUUUUAUGCUUACAAAUAAACUCAAGGU